AUGGAGGAGCUUGGUGUCACCACUGAGGGCGCAUUAACGGCUCUCAGAACACUGGAGGCGGCAUGUACGGAAGCUGUGGACCACGGAGGCCAUUGGUUGUGCCGGACUCGUUUUGAAGCCUCGACACUGGAGACGGCCCUGUCAGUAUUCCUUCGUCUGUUAUUGGUCGACUUGGAGCCGUCCUCUCAACUGGAGAGGCCCUUCCGUCGAGUCAAUGAACUCAUUGACGGCCACUUGAUGGUCACUUUAUGUCCGGACUGUGUGGAAGCCUACGUUCGGGCGGCCUCAGAGAUGACCAAGUAG